CAGAACCCACUUCAUUGCAUGCUCAGUUAGUAAACUUCAUGGGAAACUUUGGGAUUUUAGUGUCUCUGAGCUCAGCAAGUCACUUCAGGACUCAUCCCACCAGUUCCGUCAGUAAGAGAGACGCCCCUCUGGGUUUAGUCUCGCCCAGGGGAAAUUCCUAUGUUUCAUUAUUACAGCAAUAAGAGUCAGAGUCAGUUCUCUGUAACUGUUAAAACACACACAGCACAUCACUCAUCAGUCUCACUGGAUUAUCAGACUUCACCUUGAGCUUCAGUAGCACACUUUCCACCGGAACCCUGUUGACCAACAGUACCGGAGGCGGUCAUUGUUAACCCGGGCCCCGACUGAUCCGGAAUCCCAGAAUGCCUCUCCUUUUAGUGAAAGAUCAGGAUUGGACGGCUGCAGGGGAAUCUCACUCCAACCCUGAGAGAUUCUUGGGGCAGAAUUAUGAAGAGCUGCACAGAGAUUCUGUUAAACAUAAAGUAAAAUUCCUUGAUGAUAAAUUCCCUCCUAAUAAGAGCUCCAUUGGAGAAGGCCUGCUGUCUGACAGGGACAUGGCAAGAGUGGAGUGGAUGAGACCCAUGGAAAUGGUGCCUGAUCCUCAUCUUGUUGUUGGUGGAAAGUCGAGGUUUGAUUUUUCCCAGGGAGAGCUUGGAAACUGCUGGUUUCUGGCUGCAAUUGGUGCGAUUACAUUUCAGCAAGACAUUAUGGAUGAGAUCAUCCCUGAAGGCCAGUGUUUCAGCAGGGAUUACACUGGAAUAUUUCAUUUUAGGUUCUGGAGAUUUGGGAAGUGGCUGGAUGUUGUGGUAGAUGAUAAAUUACCCACAAUUGAUGGACAACUAAUUUUUGUUCACUGCAAAACUCGCAAUGAGUUCUGGCCAGCACUACUGGAGAAAGCCUACGCCAAAGUGUGUGGCUCCUAUGCAGAUCUUCAUGGUGGUGUGAUAUCUGAGGCUCUGUGUGAUUUCACUGGAGGAGUUCAUACAACAAUCAGACUGAAGCCAGAUCAUCCAGAGCACUGGGCUCUACUGCAUCGAGCAGCAAAAUACAGAUCAACUAUGGGCUGUGGAUCAUACCCAGGGGCCACUUCUGCUUACACAGAGCUCCCCAACGGUAUAGUGGAGGGCCACGCCUACACUAUAAGUGGAGUUACCAAGGUGAUGAGUGAAGGGGAACCUGUUAACCUGGUGCGUCUCCUGAAUCCAUGGGGACGCAAAGAGUGGAAUGGUGCCUGGAAUGACAGGUCAGCGCUGUGGGAGUCUGUUCACACCGAGGAGCGCACAACGCUGUUAAAAAAUAAAGAUGAUGGAGAGUUCUGGAUGUCAAUGGAGGAUUUCUGCAAAAGCUUUGCUUAUGUGGAUAUCAGCUGUCAAAGUCCGGCGUUCCUCGAUGGGUCAUCAGAAAGCAGCUGGAUGAUGACAAAUUACAAAGGACAGUGGGACGAGAAGACAGCCGGGGGAUCCAUGGAACACAAACAGAGCUUCUGGAUGAACCCUCAGUAUCUGGUGAAGAUUCCAGAGAUGGCCGACACUGAAGCACAAGGGUUGAACAUGCUGGUGUCUCUCAUACAGAAACCCAAAAGCAGACACAGACACGACAUUAAAAACCAUUGCAUUGGGUUUGGUGUGUUUGCGGUUCCCCCAGAGGUAGGUAAAGCUGUAUUUUAAAUAUCACGCCUCAGACUAUUCCCUUUACACUGGAUUCAGAGAUCAUACUCUGUCUACUCUCAUGUGAGAUAAAAACAUAUCAGAUCUAACAAUGACAUUAGAAACCAUCUACUCUUUCUCCUCCAGCUAAAGGCUCAGAAAGCAUUCCCUGCCCCCUUUUUCACCUCCAGUGCUCCAGUGGCCUGGUCCAAGAGCCAAUCUAACAGCAGAGAAGUGAUGGAGUUUUUGAGACUGAAACCUGGACACUACCUCAUCGUACCUUUCAUCUUUAAACCCAAUGAAACAGCCUCCUUUGUUCUCACACUAUACUUAAAGAUUAAACCGAACAGAUGAUGUGAUGGUGAAAAAAGAUGGACGUACGGACAUGUAGCAAAAGGGACAAAACAGGACAGAACCCUCAUGUCUCUAGCUGUAUUUUUGUGUCAUAUUGUUGCAUGUAAAACAUUUUUGUUUCCCUUUUAGUGCACAGGAAUAUAUAUAUAUAAUAUAUAUAUUAGUGCUGUCAAGCGAUUAAAAUAUUUAAUCGCGAUUAAUGUCGCGACUGUCAUAGUUAACUCGCGAUUAAUCGCAAUUUAAUCGCACAUUUUUGUCACAUGAAAAACCAUUGUAAUUCUCUUAUCAGCAUAAAAAAGUGAAUGGGCUUGCUCACCGUUCAAACUACGGGGGUACUCGGGGGAUCCGAGAUCCCCUGAAACAGACAUGAGAUCCCUUGAAAACAUGACUUGGGAAAUGUUGGGGGGGUCUCUAAAAUAUUGUCAAAAUGAUGUUUAUUGACAUAGUAAUCGUGUGUAACGGGAAGCAUUUGCAUAUCCGAAGUGAGCGCGCGAUGGACAGCCGCGCUCUGAGACAAGCGCAAGCACCCCCCAAGGGAAUAAAGGGACCCCCUGAAAAUAUUGGCAUAGUUCGAACACUGGUUGUACCAAUGUUUUUUUUUUUAAUUGCAGAGCAUAACACGUCUUGUCACAGCCACUGCAAAGUGGGGCUGGAGCCGCCGAUGGGAAAACGAAACUUAAGCCGAGCACCGUGGCUCUUCGGGGGAGGGCAGAGGACUCUGGCUGUGCGGGGCGUGGCAUCAUGUCACAGAGCGUUAAUCUCGCGAUAAAAAAAUUAUCGCCGUUAAAAUUGAGUCAAGUUAACGCGUUAAUAACGCGACAUUUUUGACAGCACUAAUAUAUAUAUAUAUAUAUAUAUAUAAAAUAUUUUUUAUUUAUUUAUUUUUUUUAACCAGAUUUGGUGCUCUUUUCUUGUUCAGCAUGAACUAGCCAGUGAAAGCACUGUGUUCUAUUAGACAGACAGAACUGAGGAUGCCUUUCGGAUGAGAGGCGAAACGUCUUCAAGACUUUUCAAGAAAGUCCAGUUGCUCUCUUCUACCAACCACAGAUUAGCCAGUGAAAGCACUGUGUGAGUGAACACUACAGUAGAUCACAUUUGGUGUGAGCUCUUAUCAUUUAAACAUCAAGUUCAGCUCUGGGAGUAAAAUCAAAAUGCUUACGAUUUCGGUUUGUCACUGGGCCAGUGGUGUAUAAAUUUUUAAGGAAAUGGGAGGAUCUGAUUUGACAGGCCAACCUUGAGCCAUUAGCCUGAAAAAAUACAGGUCUGACUGUGUCUGAAAGCACAAAGAUUUCAGUUAAAAAAAAAAAAAAAAACCACAUUAUUUUCACAUCACAUUGUCCUUGAGGUUCAUUUCCCAGUCAUCAAACUUGGAGAUACUGGAGAUUCCUUCCAAAAAUGUUCCAGAAACACAUUCCUCCUUUUAGAGAACCAUACCAUAUUAACAAUUGCACACAUUUUUAAUCAGUUUAUGUGAAUCCCUGGCCAGAAUCCACAAUUCGAGAAUUGUGAAUAAACUAAAAAGCAGUAUUUGUUUGUGUUCUUAGUGUGCAGAAUUUCAUGAAACAGGACGCAAAAGGGGCGGCACGGUGGUGUAGUGGUUAGCGCUGUAGCCUCACAGCAAGAAGGUCUGGGUUCGAGCCCCGUGGCUGGUGAGGGCCUUUCUGUGCGGAGUUUGCAUGGUCUUCCCGUGUCCGCGUGGGUUUCCUCCGGGUGCUCCGGUUUCCCCCACAGUCCAAAGACAUGCAGGUUAGGUUAACUGGUGACUCUAAAUUGACCGUAGGUGUGAAUGUGAGAGUGAAUGGUUGUCUGUGUCUAUGUGUCAGCCCUGUGAUGACCUGGCGACUUAUCCAGGGUGUACCCCGCCUUUUGCCUGUAGUCAGCUGGGAUAGACUCCAGCUUGCCUGCGACCCUGUAGAACGGGAUAAAGCGGCUACAGAUAAUGAGAUGAGAUGAGGAUGCAAAAGGCUUAACCACGCUUUUCUGCUCGCUACCUUCUGUUAUUAUUUAAGUCUAAUAUCACCAUCUAUUGGACAGCCAAAAUACUACAUGUUUAUAUCUGACAGUAUGAAUUAUUUAUUUAUUUUUUGUAUGUGAAAAUUUUUAUGUAUCCAAAUAAACACAACUUCAUCUGAAACUUUUUUUUUAAUUUUAUGACUAAUUUUUAUGGUGGCACGGUAGUGUGGUGGUUAGCACUGUCGCCUCACAGCAAGAAGGUCCUGGGUUCAAGCCCAGUGGCUGACGAGGGGCUUUCUGUGUGGAGUUUACAUGUUGUCUGUGUGGGUUUCCUCUGGGUGCUCUGGUUUUCCCCACAGUCCAGACAUGCAGAUUAGGCUAAUUAGUGGCUCUAAAUUGGCCAUAGGUGUGAAUGGUUGUUUGUGUCUAUGUGUCAGCCCUGUGAUGAUCUGGUGACUUGUCUGGGGUGUACCCCACUUCUUGCCCAUAGUCAGCUGGGAUAGGCUGCAGCUUGCCUGUGACCCUAUAUAGGAUACGUGGCUACAGAUGAUGGAUGUAUGGACUAAUUUUUAUUGAUUUUAAAAUUAUGUUUUGUGAGUCCUGCACAGUUUCAUGCUUUUCUCUGUUUUCUCUCAACAUUUUUUUUUAAUGAGCUGGAUCACAUCAGCUGUGUUUGGAGCAGGAAAAAAAAAAACUCUGAAUUUGUGCAAGACAAGACUGGAGAUGAGAAUAGUAGUCUUUAAUAUGUGUCUUUUUUUAAUCAAAAUGUCUUUACUUUUGUGCUUUUGAACACAUUCUCAGAGGUUUAACUUACACUGUUUACUUUGUAACUUCCUUUUCUGUUUUAUUUGUAUUUUAUUUUAUUACUGUAUUUUAAUCACUUGAUUUGUUGAUUAAAUGGUUGUACAGUACCUUGA